GUGAGCGGCAGAUGUGAGUCUCCGUGUUAGGAGAUUGAAUGCAGUGCUAGAGUAUGGAGAAAGUAGUAGUGAGUUAUGGAGAUGCCCUCCUAAGGUCUUCAGAUGUUGCCCUCCUUGAUCCACCCCACUGGCUGAAUGACAACAUCAUUGGAUUUACCUUUGAAUUUCUGGCUUCGUCUUUGCCUCCUUUGCAAGCUCAGCAAGUCUCAUUCCUCAGCCCUGAAGUGAGCCAGUUUAUCAAAUGUUGUGGAAACGAGGCCCCAGAUUUCCUGGAACCAUUGGACCUGCCCAGCAAAGAACUUGUUCUGAUUCCUGUUAAUGAUAAUACAGGCCCUGAAGCUGGAGGGACCCACUGGAGCCUUCUUGCUUAUAUUCAACGCCAAUCUGUUUUUCUACAUUAUGACUCUGCCCCUGGAACCAAUGCACCACAUGCCAGACUUAUGGCCAAGAACCUUGGUGCACUAUUGGGAGGAACCCAAAAUUACAGAGAAGAAGAUGCCCCUGUCCAACACAACAGCUAUGAUUGUGGCAUGUAUGUGGUGUGUGUGGCAGAAGCAUUAAGUGAACAGCCUCUGCAUGGUCAUGAUAGCACGUUCCUGUGCAAGAUCACACCCCAGUUUGUUACCCAGAAGAGAGUAACGUGGAAAGAUAUCAUAAGAGGGUUAAGCUGUAAGUCACUCAGUCGAAAUAUGCAAUAGGCCAUUUCCAGAGACAUUGAGAAUUGUGGAAUAGAUUGGGGGAAAUACUAUUCUUUUAAUCAUGUGCCAUCUAGGAACAGAAGCCUAUAAUCAUGAGAUCAGUUUUAGUGAGAAUCGACAGCUGCUCAAGACUCUCAAGUCAACACAUUUCUAAUAAAAAAAGUUUGCUUUAGGUCUAAUAAUAUUUAGAGUGAAUUUGCUACGACCUGUAGUAGAUUGUCAUCAUGUAAAUGUAACUUUAUGAAUUACUGUUUUAAUAUUUACAAAUAAAAUAUGGGCUAGGGAACGUGCAGUGAUCAGUCCACCCUUUUCUGUAUGUUUAAAGCAGAUUUAGCCAGAUCAGCGUGCUUCCCUUGUAUUUUACUUAUACUUUAAUAAGCCUUGGAGUGCCGCUAAACCCCUUUGUAUUUUAGCAGUUACUCUUCAGAAAGGAAGCCAAACUUCCAAGAAUGGUGAUUUUUUUAUUUUUGUGCUUAAUAAUUUGUCUUUACUAAGGAGGGGCUUUUCCCAAGAAAUCAAAAAGUAGUAGUUUUGAUUGCUGUAGUGGUAAGGUGGCUUGGCAUCCUAAAUUUAUUGAACGCUGGGAAAAAAAUUGUUGGUGAAAAGCUAUAAAAACUAUUUACUGAGUUUCAAGGAUUUUAAAGGAACACAUUUAUGAAAGGUUGGGUGGGUUCGGUCGAACAUUCCCACAGAGUCGUGGGCAGGUUUGGCCUGAUUCACUUCCUGCAGACUCUUUUUGUAGGCGCAUGCCUCCCCUCCCCUUUUGUGAUGUCAGUGAUGGGGCAGGUCUAUAAAUAGAGGUGACUUGCCGGGUUGGGUUAGGAGCAGACAGGUUAGGGAGGGGUACGGGUCAACGUUUUGUAAAACUUUAAAAUUUUUAUGAUUAUUUUUGAAACUGUAAACUUUCACCAACUUUUCCCUAGAAUUGCAAACAUUUUCCAGUCAGCUCACUGAUAUUUUCCUCAAGAUCGUGUGCUCCAGAUUACAGCAGAUGAUAGAAUUUGGAGCAUCAUAAAAUUGGCAUCAAUCAGGCAAGGUGAAAAGUCAUGAAUUUUAUUUCACAUUUUGAGGAAUCUUUCACAAUACACACCUACGGUAAAAUCCUGCAGCUCAGAAUACUUUUUUUCCCACAUUUUUAUUGUGAAAAAAUAUUAGGAAUGAUAAUAAAUAAAGGAAAAAAAUGUUUUCACUCGU